AAAUUUGGUGGUGGUUCAUCAAAUUUGGAGGGAAAAACAUAAAGUUUUAAUUUAAAAUACAAAUAGAAAGAUCCAAGAACAUAGUGGAGGGUGCAGUUGCACCCAAUAUGAGUUAACCUCCCAUGAAUUAUACAACCGCUCAUCUUGUAUGAUUAAAUUUAAAAAUGAAAACACACCAUUUAGACAUAGUCCAAUUUAUUUUAUCUAUAUAAAAAAAAAAAUUAAAGUUUCAAUUAGAGAGACAAAGUCUCUUUAUGUUCCUUGAAUUAAACUCAAUAAGAAAACCAAAGUUUGAUUAAUUUUGCAAACUUAGUUGUUAUUAUUAUGAAAGGCUCAGUGUUUUUAAUUACAACAUGAUGCAAGCCUUACAAAGAUUGUAACUGACGGUAUCACCAUAACGCUCGGUUAUUUAUUACAAUCAGCUACUUCAUGCUUCAACUCUAUAAUAAAACCGUUACACAAUCUUUCUUUCUAUCUUUCAUAUCAUAUAAAUAUAAAUUCAUAUAUAGUAACAUAAUAGUUGUAACACAUUAUGUUAUGUGACAGAACAGAACAACGAUGAUGAGGUUGUCUUGUAGAGUUGUUGUUUUGUUUGUUUUGGUUUUUGUUAUGUGGGUUGAGGUGGAUUUAGUAGAAGGUGGUAAAGGGGGUGGUGUUAGGAAUUACAUUAGUUGGGAAGAUUUGAUGGUGGAUGAACAAAGGUUGGUUUUGAAGAAGAGCAAUAAUAAUAAGGAGUUUAGAGUUAUUGUGGUUGAUCAUAAUGGACAUGGACAUUCCAAAACUGUUCAAGGAGCAGUUGAUUUGGUUCCAGAUUGGAACAAACACAGAAUCAAAAUCUACAUUUAUCCAGGAAUUUACAGNNAAAGAGUGUUUGUGCCAAUCACAAAGCCUUACAUAUCAUUUAUAGGUAGAAGAAAUCAAACAUCAAUGCCUAUAAUUACUUGGAACAGUAAGUCAUCAGAUAGAGGUCCAAAUGGUCAAACAUUGGGCACCUAUGGUUCAGCAACAGUGGCAGUAGAAUCAAGUUAUUUCUGUGCAACUGAAGUCACUUUUGAGAACACAGUGGUUGCAGAAGCUGGUGGAAAAGGAAUGCAAGCAGUGGCACUGAGGGUAGACAGUGAUAAAGCAAUGUUUUAUAGAGUUAAGAUUAAAGGAACACAAGACACUCUUUUGGACAACACAGGAACUCACUACUUCUACAGGUGUCUCAUCCAAGGAAAAGUUGAUUUCAUCUUUGGCAGUGCAAAAUCACUCUAUGAGAAGUGUCGUCUUCAAUCAAUAGCUGAGAACUAUGGAGCAAUUGCAGCACAUCAUAGAGAUUCACCACUUCAAGAUACAGGAUUUUCUUUUGUAGGAUGUAGUAUUAGAGGAACAGGAAGUGUGUACCUUGGAAGAGCAUGGGGAGAUUACUCAAGAAUAAUAUACUCAAAAUGUAAUAUGGAUAAUAUUAUUAGUCCAGAUGGAUGGUCAGAAUGGAAUCAUCCAGAAAGAGAGAAGACUGCAGUGUUUGGUGAGUAUAAAUGCCAUGGAAAAGGAGCAGAUAGAGCAAAAAGGGUGCCUUGGUCAAAACCAUUGAGCUAUGGUGAAGCAAAGCCUUUCUUGGACAUUAAUUUCAUAAAUGGAAAGCAGUGGCUAAGACUGUAGUGUAGCAAAGCAUCAAUCAAAUGACAUAUAUUACUUCAUUAUUUAUAAUCUUGUUUAUUAUCUUACACCUCAAGAAAUGGAAAAAUCUAAUGUUUAUAUCAUCCCAAUGAAACAUGGUCUUCUAAGAUAUGUUUUUGAUAUGUACAUUUAAUAAGCUAAAUGUUCAAACUGUAUUAUAGUCUUCAUGUUUAA